AUGAGCAACUUCUGCUUCCGCUUAUUGCUACUCGAAGCGACGCCUCCGGCGACGUCUCCUGCCAAAAUGAAGAGCCGCGGGCACUUCAGAAGACGUCGGCGGAUUGUUCGCGCCAAGUUGAGAACAAUAAGGCAAGGCUUUCAAGAUGAGCCACGAGUGCUUCUACUAAUCCUUAGUUAGGACGCCAAAACUAUAAAAUCUUCAAUUCUGCGUUCCGCUGAGCAAAUUUCAUACCUAGAGCUUGAUUGUUUUUAUUUAAAACCCUCAAAAACGACAAAAAAGUUGUUUGAGGUUUGAGUUUUUUUGCAUUUCAAAAACUUUUCCUUUGUCUAGAGCUCAAUAACACAAGCUUUUACUUCAAUGUAAAGGAAUUUGGGUUGAACAAGGUUCUACCCAAGAUUUUUCGAACUAAAGAAAAAAAAAAUUGAGAAGAUUUAUGUCAAACUGUAAAGAAGACAAUAAUGGUUCGACAGCUGGUAGCACAAAAAGGAAAAAUUUCAGCUCUACCCAACUUUUUUCACGUUUAGUGAGGUUUCGAAUCGCUUUAAGUGGGAAUAAAUUAUGGCGAAGGCGAAAUGUUUGAACCGGAGCAAUCUAGCCGAAUCGGACGCUUGAAAACAUGGCGCAUCGAGGAUUUCAAUCAAUAAGUGUCGCUCAACUUUUUUUUUGUAUCGCGCAUGAAUUUCGGUUACUCUGCUCUGAAAUUUGCUCAGAAAGAGAAUUACACCAAAAGGGAAAAAGACAACAGUUGAAAAGUUAUAAUAAAAACGUAUUAUAAAAUACUAAAAGUUUUCAAUAAGAUUAUUACGCAGUUAAGCUCAUUUGUUAACCAACUAAGAGAGCAAGUUUUCAAAAUUUAUUGUUUAUAAAUUGAAGUGUUGAAAUUUUCUAUCAUUAAAGGGAAAAUAAAGGGGAAAAAGCCAUGCGAGUCCAUAAAUGUCAAAAAUUCAUGAGGCUAAUAUACUAUCAUUUUCGCGAAAAUGAUUCAACCAAAUCUUUUUUUAAACCUGAAACCCUUUUUUUGGAAUCGGAAAAAGUUGUGUGUGAAGAAUUCUCAAUUAGAAAUUUAGAAAUUCUUCGUGAAUUUACAUUUAUGUAAAAUAUAAUAAAUUAAAAUUUGAACCAUUUUGAAAGUUUCCGUAACGAAAAAUUUGCAGAGAGAUUUAAUUUUAGGAAAAUUGAAGAGGUUCGCGAAAAGAACGCCGCUUUGAACCGAAAAGCGAGCAUCGCCAUCGGAACCAAAGAAAAGUCGUAAAGGCGCGGCGGAAAGCUCGCAAAAAGGGAAAGUAAAGAGAUGAACUGACUGCUGGUGGUGGCUGUGGCAGCAGACAUGGUCCGGAGAUGUCGUCGGUCGGUGGAUCAGAUGGCUGAGAAGGCGAUUCUUCGGACUGACAGACUGGCUCUCGGCGUCAACUCCGCCCAUCGUUGGCGGCCGAGUCGACGGCGCGAGGGGCGUGGCUUCGUCUCAAGUCUACGGUAGGCGACUCGAUUCCACGGCGCCUUCUCUGGCCGCAAGCCAGGCUCUUUUUCUGGUAACCAGUCUUUUUUCGAGGCCUUUCCAUACUAGUUUAUAGCUUUUUCGAGAGAGAAAAAAUUACUGGAAAAUCUAUUUUUAUCUUAAAAAGUUAACAUGAUUAGGCUGUUAGGAAAUCAUUAACAUGCACAAGAGAAUUUCGAAUUUAAAGCUCGAAAAUUGAUUCUUUUUCCUAUCUCAUUAAACACAACCACAGUGUUUUCGUGUGUCUAAAACUGCGUCCGCUUGAUUUUUCAACUUUGAAACCACAAAAUGUAAAAAAAAAUCAAUUUAUUUCCCGUGAUGUUUUGAAAAAAGCUCUUUUUUUGACAAAAAAAUUUUUAUCUUUUUUUAUAUUUAUUUUUAUUAAAAAAAGUUCUUUGAUGAAUAAGCGUAUGUAUCACAGGUUUAAAAAAAUGGGAGAAAAAAAUUUCGCGAUUUGGACAACUUUUUGGCAAUUAUCCAAAAAGCGAACUAUUUCAAAAAAAUAUUUUUUUAUAUUUUUUUAUUCUGAAGUUUCUAUUACAGUCAAAAAUUUCUGAAAUUUUUUUAAAUUAAAAAAAUCAAAAAAAUUCACGUUUUUCCUGGCUUGCUUUGCAGUUUUUUUCGAAGUUAGCGAGUCAAAUUUGGAAAAAAAUGACCUUUUUAAAAAAAUAUUGCGUCUUUUUCUGUGUUUUUUUCAGAGAGUUUUUUUCCGCUGAAUAGUAGUCCAAAUGAAUCAAUUUUUUUAUUAAAAGCUCAUAAACUUUUUUCUCAAUUUAUGAGAUUCCCAAAAUUUUUGAGCUUUUUAUGAAGAACUUUUUUUCAAAAGAUAUGAGUUUGCGCUAUUUUUACACUGUAUAAAAAGAGAUCUAGUUCUCUAGUCGGUUCAGUCAGGCAAAACCACAACCAAGUGCUAAUAUAAUUUUGAAAAACUAAAUCGACAAAUUAUUAUCUCAUUUCAUCACGUCAACUGGUCGGUCUCAUUGCCGCUCUCUCAUGGGAUAAUAUUCCGACGCCCAUCAGCCCUGGACAAGCUGGGCUCCGUACUGUUCCAACAUGGGGAAGCAGUUUAUUCGCUGGUACUACCAGUGGACCCACAUUAUUUCCCAACGCUAGCUGUCACUCCGGGACGUAUUGGACAACGCUUGUGGAUCGUAACCCGCGCCGACGACUAA